AUGCCAGAAGUAAGCGAAAUUGACAAGUGUAGAGCGAAGAGAAAAGUCGCGAAAGCUAGUGUGACAAGAAAUAUGAAUCGUGUCAGAGAGCUGAUCUCUAGCGAUGGAAGUGUUUCGAAAGUCCGACAGUUUGCCAAAGGUGUAGAAGAAGGUCGUACGAAAGCCCGUGACCUUACGAAAGAACUGGAAGAGCUUGAUCCAGCGUCAAUUGAGACUGAUGGUAGCUGGUUAGAAGAGGUAGAAUUUGAUGUCAACGAAGUCCUGGGAGAAGUUGCUGAAUAUUUAUUAAAGUCUGAGAGCCCAUUGCCAAACGAACAGUCUAGUAUCACACCACCAACUGCUCAGAAUAAUGAUGAAAAUACUGAAACUGUGAACGAUUUAAUGUCUGGGAAAAGAACUGGUCUGAAAGGUGUUGAAAUCCCAUCAUUCGAUGGAAAACCAGACAAGUGGCCGUACUUUUGGGGAAUAUUUAGUUCUCUUGUCCAUAAAAACGAUAAACUAACGCCAGCAAUCAAGCUAGCUCAUCUGAAUAGCUGUUUAACGGACAGAGUACGUGAAGUUAUUGCAUGCCUGACCGGGGAGCCUGGGGACUAUGACAGGGCAGUGAAACAACUCACUGAUAGGUAUGGGGACCCCAGAGAAAUUAUAGAUGCCCAUUUGCGCAGAAUAAGUUCUUGGCCCCACAUUAAGGAUAAGGAUCGUGAAGAAUUUCAACGCUUUGCAGAUGCAUUACAAGCAGCUGUGUUUGCACUAGAUAAACCUGACUAUAGGCAUGAAUUAGCUAGUAUACCUUUUUGUACCUUGUUGGUUCAAAAACUCCCACCUAGAGAAAGGGAUGAAUGGGUAAAACAGGUUGAGAGUGAAGAUUACUCGGAAGACAUGAAGG